AUGAAAAUAACGGGUGUUGUUGCGCGGGAAGUACUGGAUUCACGGGGCAAUCCCACCGUCGAGGUGGAGGUGGUGCUGACCAAUGGCGCGCGCGGCCGGGCCACCGUGCCUUCCGGGGCGUCCACCGGCGAGCACGAGGCCGUGGAGCUGCGCGACGGCGGCGCCCGCUUCAUGGGCAAGGGCGUGCUGCGGGCCGCGGGUCACGUCAAGCGAAACCUGGCGCGGCGGGUGGUGGGUAUGGAUGCCAGGAACCAGCGCAAGCUGGACCAGUGCAUGAUCGACCUGGACCGCACUCCGGACAAGGGCCGUCUGGGCGCCAACGCCAUUCUCGGGGUGUCCCUGGCCGCGGCCCGGGCUCAGGCAGCGGCCGACAAGGUGCCCCUGUACCGGUACCUCGGUGGAGACGAUGCGCGCACCCUGCCCGUGCCCAUGCUCAACGUGGUCAACGGCGGCGCCCAUGCCGACAACAACGUCGACGUCCAGGAGUUCAUGGUGAUCCCCUGGGGCUUCCGUUCGUUCUCCGAGGCCUUGAGGGCGGGCGCCGAGAUCUACGGCACCCUCAAGAGCGUGUUGAGCAAGAAGGGCUACAGCACCAGCGUGGGCGACGAGGGCGGGUUCGCGCCGCGUCUCGGCAGCAACGAGGAGGCCAUCGAGCUGCUGCUGGAGGCGGUGGUCAAGGCCGGCUACCAGGACGGGACCCAGGUGGUCCUGGGGCUCGACGUGGCCGCCAGCGAGUUUCAUGACGCCGGCUCCUACGUCUUCAGGAAGUCGGGCGGCGCCAAGAUGGACAGCGCGGCCCUCGUGGGCCUCUACGAGAAAUGGGUCCGCAACUAUCCCAUCGUCUCCAUCGAGGACGCCCUGGGGGAGAACGACUGGGAAGGCUGGGAGAUGCUCACCGCCGCCCUUGGAAAAAAGGUGCAGCUCGUCGGCGACGACCUGUUCGUCACCAACCCCACGCGGCUGGAGGAAGGCAUCCGGCGCGGCGUCGCCAACUCCAUCCUGGUGAAGCUCAACCAGAUCGGCACCCUGAGCGAGACCCUCGAAACCAUCCGGCUCGCCCGCGCCGCCGGCUACACCACCGUCAUCUCCCACCGCUCGGGCGAGACCGAGGACACCACCAUCGCCGACCUCGCCGUCGCCACCGGCGCCGGCCAGAUCAAAACCGGCGCCCCCUGCCGCGGCGAGCGCACCGCCAAGUACAACCAGCUCCUCCGCAUCGAGCAGGAACUCGGCCGCCGCGCCCGCUACGCCGGCAAGAAAGCCUUUGCCGCGGCCGCUAUGCGGCGCUAG